CGACCAACCGGCAAAGCGAACGCACGGGCACGCAGUCGAUCUUAGCCAGAAAAACGCGACGGCUGAAACGCAACACUUGAAAAAAAAGCGCGACCAAUUGUGGACCACACAUAGCUGCCGAAGAAUAAAUCUGUGAAACGUAUAUUUUUUUUGCUGUUGGAAAUAAAUCAGUGCCGAAAACCAUAAACUACUGAACAAGCACCCACUACACAACCGAAAAGAGAACAAGCACAAGAGAAGUCGCAACCAGUAAAAGAAGAUGCUCAAGUGGGCCGUCAACCAGCCACGUCCCUCGUACCUGGCCAGGGAUGAGGUGGUGGCCACCGGCGGCGAGGCGAUCGGCUCCAGCUACAGCGAGUUCCACGCCCUGCGCGGCAAACUGAAGAGGAAGUCGAUCGGCGUGGCUGCAGGCAAGGAGAACCAGCUGACCUCCACGCCACUGCCGGCCAGCUCCUUGAGCCUCCAUGCCCGCACACCACUGCUCAAGGACGUGAGCAACAUCCUGGCCACGCCGCCAUCGGUAGGAGCAAGUGGAGCAACUGGAGGAGCAGCUGCUGCUCCCCUGAAGUUCGCCUGCACCCUGCCCACCUUCGAUGCGGAGUACUCGCCCAAUGCCGCCGUCAUCCCUGGCUCCCUGAUCGCCCUGCGCGGCGUGGGCAUCCCGGACAGCUACUUCGAGAAGCCGCGCUACCUGGAGCAGAAGCCACUGCCACAUCCCCAUCCGCAUCCGCAUCCAGUUCCUCCGGCCAGCGAACAGAAUACGCUCAGUUCCAGCCAGAUGGGCGAUGUGACCCUGGAGCGCAUGAUCGAUGCCAUCCUGGAGAGCAACCGCAAGGUGCUGCCCAACUCCAGACAACAACAGCACCAACAUCAGCACCGCCAGCCCAGGCAGCAUCUCCGCCAGCGGCACAGGCUCAGGCAGCAGGUGCUUCGGAGCAGCCACGCCCACACCCAGACGCCCUCGCCCACCUACCGCCCCGCCUUCGAUCCGGCCAGCGAUCUGUGCGAGUACUGGAAGUCGCCCUCGCGGAGGGAUUCCCUGCCAGCGAAUGGCUUCGAGGAGCGGGAGGUGCGCUCCCCCACGGUGGCCACCGAGUCGCAGGAUCCCAAGCGGCACUCCCUGCAGCUGCGCAGGCAGCGGGUGGUGCGGCGCAAGCGGAAGAUCGCCACCAAGAUCUCCUCCAGCGUCAGGCAGUCGGCGCAGAAGCUACUCGCUGCGGCCAGGUCCGGAUCCGUGGCGGCAAACGGCCAGAAGAUGCGUCACAUCAGUCCGGACAGUGGGCACAACUCCACCAGCGACUUGGAGCUGGAGGAGGAGCACUGCCAGCUGAGCCGCGGCUUGGAAUUGGGUGGCGAGGAGCUGGAGGACGCCUGCCAGCUGGACGGCAUGUGGCUGCAAGCGCAGGCCAGAGACGCCACCAAGAGACGCCUCAGCUUCUCCCUGGCGGAGGAAAGCUAAUCCACAUGGAUAUUAUUCCUAUACCAUAAGCUUAAGACAUUUUUUUGCAUAGCCCUAAGAACGUUUCUUUACUUUUUUUUUUUUGUGGCCGGAAUAAAUCAUUUGGAAUGCGAAAUGUA